AUGAAUCAAUGGCAUUUAUGUAUUUACCUUUUUUUUCUUCUAUCAACUUUUAAAUCAAGUACAGUCCAUUCAAUUCAAUGUUGUUCAGGUGAUAGUUCAUGUACAGCAGAUCUUGUUGAUUGUCCUGCAAAUGUUUGUUUUAAAUUAGUGUUUGAAAAAGUAACAGAAUACCGUGGAUGUAUGACUGAUCUCUAUAAAAUGCUCGAAUAUCCCAAUGUAGGCGGUGGAAAUUUUAAUGAUGAUGGUGGAUCAUCGAAUGAUCAAUGUCAAAAAAUUAAUACACUUGGAUCUGGAAUGUCUUUAUAAACUCGAACUUUACUUUAA